AACUCUCUCUCUCUCUCUCACAUACACACACACGCGCCGCCACCUUUCUCCCGGUAAAAUCUUCCGAUUUCCACCAAACAACCGCCAUCAAAACCACCAUGCUGUAACCCUACCGCUCCCCUACUUUCCCUCUAUACAACAAAAGCAUGGGUGCUAAUACGUCAUUAUUGACCUCCAAGAUCACAGAAGGAUCGGAGAAUCCAUCAAAGCUCAACCUCGGCGACAUACCGGAAUCCUGUCUAGCUCUCGUUUUAUCUUACAUGGAACCGCCUGAGAUCUGCAAAUUGGCUCGAAUCAACCGGACAUUUCGAGCAGCUUCCUCCGCCGAUUUCAUCUGGAUCUCCAAAUUGCCUUCUAAUUAUCACUACCUCCUUGGAAAAUCAUUUGUUAAUGAUAAGAAAACUUUGGGCGUUAAGGAGAUUUUUGCAAGGUUGACUCGACCUGUAUCCUUCGACGCCGGCAAUAAGGAAUAUUGGGUGGACAAGAUCACGGGAGGUGUGUGUGUCUCAAUUUCUUCAAAGGCAUUAACAAUCACCGGAAUCGAUGAUCGGAGAUACUGGAAUCAUAUUCCUUCCGAUGAAUCAAGAUUCCCUACAGUUGCAUACCUUAAACAGACCUGGUGGCUGGACGUAGACGGCGACGUUGAGUUCCAGUUCCCGGCCGGGACUUAUUCAUUGUCAUUCAAACUCCGGCUAGGGAAAGUCAUAAAACGACAUGGACGGCAGGUGUGUACCACAGCGGACGUCCAUGGAUGGGACGUGAAACCCGUCGAGUUUAAGCUGACGACGGCCACCGGUCAGCAAACUGUUUCCAAGAGGUUCUUGGAGACGAUCGGGAAGUGGGAUUACCACCGAGUCGGAGACUUCACCGUCGAUGAAUCGAACACACCCACGAAGGUGAAGUUUUCUUUGACACAGAUCGAUUGCACUCACACGAAGGGUGGUCUUUCUAUAGACUCGAUUCUUAUAUCUCCUAGUAACCCUUGCUAGAUUUGGUAGAUUUGUGAGAAUAAGAUGCCACCACAUUUUUGUU